CUGCGCGGGCAGAUAUCAAACUUCCUUAGUUACUAUCGAAGCUAGCUGCAUAAUUUGCAACGCAGGUGUUCAAUCAACAGUCAGUGUAUAGUAGACUUUUGCCAUCGUACAGAGGAUCUUGUGUACUCAGCAUUUAUUGCUUCAUCAGUUUGAGUAUUCUUAUCAACCAUCGAACUAGAUCUUUCAAGGAUCUUUGAAGACAAUUCGAGAAUUAUGGAAAGUGCAGCCUUGAGUGGGCUGCAUUUGCAGACACCAUAUGUUUAUUCCUGGAUUAAUACCUUACAAUCACGUAACAGCUCUCAGCCAAUGGAGAAUAGAAACCGCAACAAUUCUCCAUCUUUGUCAAGUAACACCACUUACAGUGGGCAUAGUUCUCAUGCGUCAUUAAGUGAGGAGGCCAUCCCCUUCCCCAGGGAUGCCUCUACUAGGGCCUCUUCCCUAGAGGGCUCCCUAGCCCAUGAAGUCUCUAGCCAGGGAUCACCGUCAUCUCCAUUCACCAUCUCCCAUUAUGAGAGAAUUGGAUCUUAUGUACAUGAUAUUUACAAGCAGAAGAAGAUAUGUGAUGUCGCCUUUCAGGUGGGUGAGCUCGUAAUACCAGUACACAAAGUUGUACUGGCAUCACAGAGUACGCUCUUUAAGGAAAUUUUCGAAGCAAAGGAAUUUUCCUCUGAUCCUGUCACCCCAAAGAUAAUCAGGGUGAAGAAUGUUGAACCUGCUGCCUUGGAAACCUUCAUUAACUUCUUAUAUACAGGUCACAUUGAGGUUAGAAAUUCGAAAUUUAUACCUGACAUCCUGAAGUUGUCAGAGAUAUUUGAAGUUGAAACACUAUCGAGGCGUUGCAUCGACGGAUUGAAAAACAUAAGCAGUGCAGAACUUCUUAAAUUACUACCAGUAAUGAGGAGAAACAAGAACAUACCAAUGUGCAGAACUAUCAUGCAACUGCUCUGCAAAAACUUCAUGACCUGGAGAAAAACCAAAGAAUUUUUAUGCUUGGAUGUAGAGACUGUCCUCAUGAUUCUCUCCGAUGACGGUCUGAAUGUCCAUUCUGAGAUGGAUGUUUUCUUGACAGCCGUGGAUCUCCUUAAGCAUAUUGGAGCAGACUGUAUCGAAAAGAUAAUGGGAUGCGUCAGAUUCCCAUUGCUUACUGGAGAGCAGCUUUUCUCCUGUUUCAAAAUCUGUCCAAUUUUGAGAGACUACCACCAGGUGAUAAUGGACAUCACCUUGGCAAAUUGGAUUCAGACUUCCUUGUCUCUGGGUGGAGAAGACCCCCUGGAUCUCCAAAUUCCUACCCCUCGCAGCCACACCAACAGUGCUACUAGUGUAGCCAGCUAUAUCAGUAAUCAUUCUAGCACUGAGCAGGUUGAUGAACAGGAGGACCCUGAUGUUGAGGUUGAAAUAUGUCGUAUGUCAGAGGACAUGGCUCGAGAUUUCAACACGCACGCCUACUUGCACAGCGCAAGCUCCUCAACCAUUUCCAAAUUUCCCCUCACUGAACAAUACAGCAAUUCCAAAUUGGCUGGAGACUGCAGUAUGUUGGGUGGUUUUGGAGAGCAUCAAAGAGUCCAAAGGGAGAUGCUUGCUAAAGAAAAGUGGAACAUUUCUCCAGAUCAUCAUGCCAAGGAGGUGCAAAACAAACAAGGGCAAGACAGGCGCAUUCUCCAUAGCUUGGAUCUAGGAAUGGGAGAGAGAUUUGGCCAAUUCCGCAAAGAGAAGAAGAGGGACCCAAACAAGUCUACUCGUAAGAAAAAGAAAAGGGAGGUGGAAAAAAGAGAUUGGGAGCAGACCAAUCAGGAGGGAAAACUCUCGGACGAGAGUGACCAGCUCCGGAACAAGGCCAUGGUGUGGGGAGGCACCCAGUGGUUCUUGAUUGGUGGACCUGGGCAUGAUGGAAGCCCCUCCAAGAAAGUCAAGGCAUACAGCUAUGAAACCAAGCAAUGGACCUCCCUUGCUCCUAUGAAUGUUGCUCGUAUGGACCACACACUAUGCCUCCUGGACGGAAUGAUAUAUGCUAUUGGAGGCAUUGGUAAAAGGGGCCGGGUUCUAAGCAGGGUUGAGUGUUACAACCCAAAAACCAAUUGCUGGUUCUAUGUGAAGUCCUUGCCAGAGCCAAGGACUGGAGCCUCAGCCACCACAGAGAAUGGCCGCAUUCACUUGUCUGGGGGGUACGGAGCUCUCAAUGAUGGCCAAGUAUCAGACUUCGUGGAUACCAUGGAAAUCUACAAUGUGGAUGCUAACAAGUGGACCACUGGAUUCUAAAGCAUAGAUCAUGGAUUUAUUUAACUGAAUUUUUAUGUAAAGUUUUGUGAAAAUUUUUAAAGUUUUGUGCUUUUUAUUGUGUAUUAAAAUGUUGUGUUUAAAUGGAUAACUUGCAAGCACUGCAAAUAAGGCUAAUAUUUGUAAUGAAUUUUUUGUAAUAAAUUUUAUGCAUCACA